AUGGACAGGCCAUGGAUACUAUUCAUAGCUGAACCUGAAUACAGUUUACAGGAAUAUAAGCUUUUGCAAAAAGAGUUCAACACGGUUAAUUACACACUUGAACGAGAUGUUGAUGGCACUGGUAAGGAAGCAUUUCUAACUUUCUUGGACCAGCAUUCGAAGCAAAAGGGUCCAAUUGUCGGAAUAUUUGGAGGGUAUCCACAAUUCGCUCCCUUAGGUGGUUUGAGUGCAGAAAUCUUGGAUGAUCAUCGUUGGCCUGGGUCGAUCAAGUGCAUAUGUCUGUGUUCUGUAGGUUACAAUUGGCUCGACCUGAAGUCACUACGGGAAAAGGGCAUUCAACUGUACAAUUAUGACGACAUGAUACAGGACUCUGGAAUUGUAGCCAACGACGUUGCAGAUUGCGUCCUCUGGCACGUUCUAGAUGGGUUUCGGAAAUUCUCAAGUCAGGCACAUGCAUUGAGAUCAGCAAGAAACACUAUCAAGGCUCGUUCAGAAAUCGUACUGGAACACGGUGAAAACAAUUCACCAAGGUUCGAAUUUGGGCACAGAUGGAAACGAGGAACCUUUAAUGAAAGUUGUCGGAACAAGAGAUGUCUCAUUAUGGGACUUGGACGUAUUGGAAUCCAGUGUGGUAGGAAAUUGGAUUCCGGAUUAGGAAUGGAAAUACAUUACACGCAGAGAAAUCCGGUUACAAAAGAACAAAUAAGCUCGGACACUUAUAUCCAGAAGUGGCAAUUCCAUCCAAUCUCUGAGCUACUUGAGUCUGAUUUUCAGGAUGCGCAUGGAAGCAGUCCAUGCCUUGAAACGUUUGAUUGCAUUGUAAUAUGUCUACCAGGAAAUGCAUCAACACAUCACAUGAUCAACAAAACUUUUCUGUCAAGAUGCAAGUUCGGCGUUGUUAUCUGUAACGUCGGAAGAGGCUCAAUAAUCGACGAUGAUGCAUUACAGCAUAUUAUGGCACAAGAACCCGGCAGAGUUAGACAUGUAGCAAUGGACGUGUUUCACGAUGAGCCAAUUGUAGAACAAUGGUUAUCUGAGGAUUGCCAUUAUAACACCAUCACCCCCCAUAUAGCUAGCAGCACAAGAGCUGUCUGGGAAGCGAGCAAUAGACUGGCGCUACAAGUUUUGAGUCACGUGUGUGCUUCUUCCUCUUCCGAACCUUCCAAGAAUUCAGUACCCGGAAGAUUCGGUUCCAAGCCCGACUCUGAACCGUUCUCAAAAGCACCAGCCCCUGCCCGGAAAACAUCGCUUUCACAGCUCCCCCGGGUUCUCUAG